GGUCUGGAGAGACAGGAAGCUGCUGUGCGGCAGAUAUCUUGGGGUCUCAAAGAAGCAGUGGCCACCAGCAUGGGUGCAGGCCCCGACGGGUCCUACUUCCCCGGCAAUCACUGGCUCGCCUUCUCCGUGUACCUCCUCACCUUCCUGGUGGGGCUCCCCCUCAACCUGCUGGCCCUGGUGGUCUUCGUGGGCAAGCUGCGGCGCCGCCCGGUGGCCGUGGACGUGCUCCUGCUCAACCUGACCGCCUCGGACCUGCUCCUGCUGCUGUUCCUGCCCUUCCGCAUGGUGGAGGCGGCCAGCGGCAUGCACUGGCCCCUGCCCUUCAUCCUCUGCCCGCUCUCGGGAUUCAUCUUCUUCACCACCGUCUAUCUCACUGCCCUCUCCCUGGCAGCCGUGAGCAUUGAGCGCUUCCUGAGCGUGGCCCACCCGCUGUGGUACAAGACCCGGUCGAGGCUGGGACAGGCGGGUGUGGUGAGUGUGGCCUGCUGGCUGCUGGCCUCUGCUCACUGCAGCAUAGUCUAUGUCAUGGAAUUCUCGAGGAAUUCCUCCCACAGGCAGAAUACCAUUGAGACUUGCUACAUGGAGUUCCAGGAGGACCAGCUGGCCAUCCUGCUGCCCGUGCGGUUGGAGAUGGUUGUGGCCCUAUUUGUGGUCCCCCUGCUCAUCACCAGCUACUGUUACAGCCGUCUGGUGUGGAUCCUCGGCAGGAGGGGCAGCCGCCGGCGGCAGAGAAGGGUGGCGGGGCUGGUGGCAGCCACGCUGCUCAACUUCCUCGUCUGCUUUGGGCCUUUACACAUGUCCCAUGUCAUGGGCUUUGUCCAGGGUGAAAGCCCGGCGUGGAGGAUCUACGUGAUGCUUCUCAGCACCCUGAACUCCUGUGUCGACCCCUUUGUCUACUACUUCUCCUCAUCCGCGUUCCAAGACGACUUUCAUGAGCUGCUGAGGAGGCUGCGUGGACUCUGCGCUCCGUGGCGGCAGGAGGGCAGCGUGGAGCUGAAGGAGCAGAAGGGAGGGGAGGGGCACAAGGAGGACCUCCCCGAAGAAAGGAGGAGUAGUGGACUGUAGCGGGGCUGGGGAAAGGACGGCCAGGUGGCCUGUGCUGAAAGCUAGGUCCUCUGGGGCAGGUGGGUGUAGCUGGCCUGUCAUCCUCAGGGUACUUCCUCGCCCACACCAGGCGGGACUUGGAGUGGUGAGCUGGGAAUCAGUGGGGCUUGGGGGUAGGGCGGACACCCAGCCUUCCUAAGGGUGUGUGCCCUAAAGCUGAGCUCUUGCUCUCACCUCCAUCCCCAUCCACCCACACUCUAUGGACUGGGCUCUGGGAAGGGGUCAGGGUGAGCCGCUGCUCUGGAGAACACUGAGGUCCUCAGAGCAGCAGGCGACUCCUGUGCUUUUCUGAUGGUGGCACAGGAGCUAAGGGCAGUGCCCGGGGUCUGAGGGGGCUGACCAGUGAGUGGCAGGGGUGGGAGAGGGGAGAAACCCAUCCUCAGGGCUGCUCCCAGCUGGCGAGUCAGGAGCGUGGGAGACAGGGCUCCAGGGUUGAGGCUGCAUUCUGCUCCCGCAGCGCCUUUUCCAGAAAAGGCCAUUCCCAUUGCUCAAUACAUUUGGGUCAGAGAACAAUGACAAAUUUGGAUCAUGAACAAUGACAGAAGAAAAACUACCCAAAUAAAUGAAGAAGCAAGC